UUUUUUAGUAUACUUAAGUUGGCCGAUUGCGCGGCGAAAAGAGAGAAGAAGAUGGCGUCAGCAAUCGGAUGGUACGGACCGCUCAUCGACUUGUCCAAGGCGGCGCUUCACGUUGGCGAUUACGUUCAGCUCGUCGUCUACGUCCACCGAACGACUCCUCUUCAGUAUAAAUUAGCGAAAGGCGGAGAGGUGAUCCGAACCGACAUCCAAGUCGGCGAUGAGACGAGGCCCUUCUUCUCCGUAUCCAUUUGGCAGAAGCCAAUCGGAUCCAUGGCCGUAGCCGGCGACGUCGUUUUGUUACAAAAUGUGAAGAUAACGAAAUAUGGUGAUGUUGUUGAGGCCAGAACCCACCAGUAUUCAUCCCUAAAAUGUCUACUCCACCCCUACGAAUCCAUCCUUACAAAGGGGGUCAAUGACUUGAUAGAGGAGUGUAGAGAUGGGGUAGCAACAAAGGAAAAGCUUAAAAGGGUAGUGGAAUGGGUGAAGAAGAGGAACACUCAAGAGCUCCAUGGAUGUCAACUGCAGGAGGGAAAACUCUUGCGAAACUGGAAGCCUCCGGAGGAGAGGAAACAACCCGAGGACUGCUUCUCGCUUUUGCAGUUAUCGAGUCUAACCACUUCUUGCAAGGCGCUCUUUUACGCGUCUGUUGCUGAAAUUUUUCUGCCCUUCAACUCAACAUCUCAUGUUCAAUGCGAGUCCUUGGAUAAGGAGGACAUGUUUGUUAGUAGGAGACUGUAUAAAGCAGGUGAUGGUGGUUUGGCGAGAGAUCUCAUUUGCACAGGCUGCCAGCUUUGUGGUUCUCCUCUGGAGCUCGACAGCGAGAACAUGUUUAAGCAGAAUGCAGUAGCACUUUACUGUUCAGAAAGCUCGAACCACCUUCAUGUCAUAGGCUCCAUAUACAAGCCCUUCAUGCUAUAUGUGUGGGAUGAAUCGGAUUAUGCGCCACUCCUGGUCAGAAACAAGGCCGCAGAGCUCUUGUUCGGGAACAUCAAGGCUGAAAGAGUCUGUUCGUGGUGGGAAAAGCAAACCGGACAAGAUGAUUCAAAAGAUGUCCCAACACAUUCUAGUCUAAAUGCAGAAGCGGCCGGGCAACCUAAAGCGGCUGAGGGAGGUGUUCUGGUUUCUUGUUCAGCAGAUGGAGACAAGAGGAGCUCGGAAUCGAAGGGAACACAUUGUUUUCCGGAAACUAUGCACUUUUACAGUAUUUGGUUGAUUCUUCUGAAAACAAUGCUGGAGAAAGGAAAGAACAGCCCUUUGAAAUUUGAAGUCGAUGUAAAUGCCGGUUUAGACAAGGAAAAUGGGAGGUUUGAAAUGGUUUCUGUACAGUUGCCAUGCUUCGAAACCAAAUAAUCUUCACUCUUAUUGUUUCUCCAGAAGAAUUAAGAGUUUCUUUUCAUAAUUAUACAUCGUAUAAAUCACAACAUUUGCUGCUAAA